CGUCGUUGUUCUGGCAGAACAACGGUUGGUCCGUCAUCAGCCGCCGACAUUCAUCGCAGCCAUUAGGACUCAAAUCGUCUUGUUUCCCUCUCACUAAUUCCGCUUCCUGCUGGCUUUCUGUCAAUGGGUGUGGACAAGACAAAUACAGAGCUUAACACAUAAACUCUCACGGGGCUACUUGGCCAUGGCCGGCGCACCCGAGUCUGAUGAUGGCGGAGGUGACGGGCAUGGCGAGUCGGGCCUCCAUGGCUAUCAGUUUACGUUCCAAGCUCCGCAUCGGGGCGAUGGAACGCACACUGAUCCGCGGACGGGGCAGAGAAGAGAAAUGUCCGAGUCGUUAUCCGAGAGCGUGCAGAAUUUUCCAGUCGAAUUUGGUCGCACUUACCAUGCGUAUAGGGCAGGGUCGUACGCGUUUCCCAACGAUGCCCCUGAGCAGGAGCGGCUGGCUCUGCAAGCAGAGGCUCUUAGGAAGCUUUUCGAUAACAGGCUGUACUUUGCGCCCCUGACGGAGAGGCCGCCACCGCGGACCGUUCUCGACGUGGCAACGGGCGUCGGCGACUGGGCGAUUCAGAUGGGCGACCGCUUCCCUAACUCGGAGAUUAUCGGCACCGACCUCUCCCCUAUCCAACCGGAGCAUGUGCCCCCAAACGUUAGUUUCUAUGUUGAAGAUUCAUCGGACCCAUGGGAGUACUCGAACAAGUUUGACUACAUCCAUACACGCGUCACUGCAGGCUGUUGGUCAUCGUUCGAGAGUCAAAUCGCUCAACAGGCCUUUGACUAUCUUGAGCCAGGUGGCUGGUUUGAGUCACAGGAGCUUGACAGCACGGUUGCCUGCGACGACGGCACCCUGGAUCCAGAUUCUGCACUGGCGAGAUGGUUCCAGGACAUAGCGGCCGCGGGAGAGUCGUUGAAUCGUUCUAGUGUGGUUGGUGCAUCGCUCAAGGAGAUGUAUCAGCGCGUAGGAUUCGUCGACGUCCAACAGCGAAUCUUCAGACUGCCAAUCAACGGAUGGGCCAAGGACGAAAAACUUAGGGAGCUGGGGCAGAUGUGGGAGAAGAACAUACUUUCCGGCCUUAGCGGGUUUUCGUAUCGGCUCUUCAACUGUGUGUACGGAAGGAGUCCUGCGGAAAUCGAGGUGUCGUUGGUCGACGUUCGACAAGAUGUUUCGAAUCCGCAAAUACACGCCUAUAUGCCAUUCUACGUUGUCUGGGGCCGCAAGCCUUACCCCGGCGAAGGCCCUAAUUCGACACCGAAAUUUCAAUAGCCCGACAAGCGGCUCUCGAAGCUGUACGGCGCACAUAUAUUCAGACUGGAGACCGAUACCCGUCGCCACAGGCCCUGUGGCGGACUUGCAUGUCUAUCAGGAAAUCACCCUGAGAACAAUGGAUGAAAGAUUGGGCUCUAUCAACCGUUCUUGUGGCGGGAAGUCAGACGGUGAAGGGAGCCCUUUGUAUGAUCAAGCAUGGAAGGAGCUCACCGGGCGUUAAAUGCUAUAACGACGCAAGAGUGGGUACAGCCAUUCCUGCUGUGACAGGAGCCUAGCCUGAGCGAGUGCCGUCUCUCGCGAUUGCGCGUCCGAG